AUGGCAAAGAAGAAUCUAUCAUUGGUAAAACGUACAUCGAAUCGGGUGAUAAUACGAUCACGUCAGUUACCAACAGAUAACGGAAUGGCGGAUGAACAGCCAUCAGCACUGUCACCGUUGCAAGCCAAUGUACUUUGGAAUUAUCCGGUACUCGAUUCAUUUUCUAAGCUUUACAUACCCGGAGGACAAAUGGAUUUGGAAUGGCAGCCAUCAGUUGCGGCAAUUUUUAAGGUUGUAUUUUCCUUCCGAAUUUCUGCUGCAAUGUGGAGCAUAAUAAGCGAUUGCGAUGAAGUAUAUAAUUACUGGGAGCCUCUUCAUUUAUUUCUGUAUGGUACCGGUUUUCAGACUUGGGAGUACUCGCCAAUUUAUGCUAUACGAUCAUAUUUGUACAUAUUAUUGCAUUAUGGACCAGCUGUAAUACUUAAAAAAAUAUUUUCUGCCAACAAAUCGGGCGUUUUCAUUACAAUGCGUUGCCUAUUGGGAUUGUUUAACGUAGGUGCCGAAAUAAAAAUGUAUAAAGCACUCUGUUCACGCUUCGGGAACGGUAUAGCUCGGACAUACAUUGUACUAACAUCACUUUCAUCUGGAAUGUUUAUCGCAAGUUGUGCAUUCCUACCAUCAUCGUUUAGUAUGUCAGCAAAUUUGUUCGCUAUUGCAGCAUACAUUAAUGAAGAAUGGCCCAUAGCAAUAUCGUUUACUGCAUUGAGUGCACUGGUUAGUUGGCCAUUUGCAGCUAUACUUGGCUUACCGAUUGUGCUCGAAAUGCUAGUUGUUCGACCUCGUGAAUUAGCUUUUGCUUUUUGUAAUUAUGCAUUAAUAUCUGGUUCUAUCAUUAUCAUAACACUAGUUAUUGUUGAUUCCUAUUAUUUCGGUAAAAUUGUUCUGGCUCCGCUAAACAUCGUUUUGUACAACGUAUUCUCAUCACAUGGACCAAAUCUCUACGGUGUUGAAGAUGUGAAAUUUUACAUCAAAAAUUUAUUGCUUAAUUGGAAUGUCGUUAUUAUCCUAUUCCCGUUUGCGGUACCGCUUGCGGGAUUGGCAUAUGUCUGGACACGUUCAUCUCGAAAACUAGUCCAUUCCGUAGCUCGAGAGAUGUCUUUGGUUUAUUGGAGGCGUUUUUUACCAGUCUUUUUUAUUUUUCUAUCAGUUAUGCUAUGGUUUGCAAUAUUCUUCUCGCAACCUCAUAAAGAGGAGCGGUUUUUAUUUCCGGUUUAUCCUCUUCUAGCCGUUUUGGCAGCCGUUACAAUUGAUGCUUUGCCUCGGAUUGGUAUUUAUUUGUUUGGCGGAAGAUCACGAGGCUUUUGGCAAGCAUGCGUUAUUGGAUGGUUGUUGAUUUUUUCGGUACUAUCUGUUUCCCGAUCAGCCGCGAUUUAUCGGAAUUAUUUUUCUUCAGUAGAAGUUUACAAAGUGCUCAAUGAACAUAUGCUUAAUUAUAGUAAUCGCAAUGAAUUAUAUAGUGCUGAAGAUAAUAGCACGGUGAUACAUAUUUGUAUCGGUAAGGAAUGGUAUCGAUUCCCAUCUUCUUUCUUUCUACCUACCAGUAUAAAAAACAAUAAAAAUCAAGUGUUGAUCGCGAAAUUGGACUUUAUAAAGAGCGAAUUUGCCGGUUUGCUACCAAAACCAUAUGUGAAAGGUUCUUUGCCGGAAGUUACACGUGUUAUACCAACAGAGAUGAAUAAUCUUAAUCGGGAAGAAAUUAAUCGAUAUGUUGAUAUUAGACAGUGCGAUUUUUUGAUCGAUCUAGAAACUUCGGACACUACUGCACUUGAGCCUAAUUAUGCGAAACAGACAAGUAUUUGGCGUUCGGUAGUAAAGAAAAAGUUUCUGCUGUCAUCCAAUUCUCACCCGAUUUAUCGCUCAUUUUAUAUCCCGUUUAUAGCUGGUUCUAACAAUGUCUAUGGUGGUUAUCAUCUUCUCGAAAGGGUCCAUGAUGUUCUUGACAAUACAACAUUAUAAAAGUUCC